AACAGAAUUUGGACACCUGGUUCUGUGCAGCCCCAUGUUAUAAUGCCAUCCUUGCCUAAUGAAGGAGAUAACCAAGGAACCUCUUGUCUGACUUUGAGUUCAGAACUGCCUUACCAAAGCACAACUAAAAGAAAAGUCAGAAAGAAGAAAAAGAAUGGAAUCAUCACUGCGAACGUUGCUGGCACAAAAUAUGAAAUUGUUCGUUUAGUAAUAGAUGAGUUGGGGUUUGUGAAGACAAGAGAUGAAGAUGAGACUGCUAAUCUCAUAUGGAGUGAUUCUGCUGUGCAACAGGACAAGAUUGCUGAGCUCCGAAACUACCAGAGAAUCAACCAUUUUCCAGGAAUGGGAGAGAUCUGUAGGAAGGAUUUCUUAGCAAGAAACAUGACCAAAAUGAUCAAGUCUCAGCCUCAGGAGUAUAGUUUUAUUCCUCGAACAUGGAUCUUCCCUGCGGAAUAUAUGCAAUUUCAGAACUAUGUAAAGGAACUGAAGAAGAAGCGAAGACAGAAAACGUUUAUAGUCAAACCAGCUAAUGGUGCAAUGGGGCAUGGAAUCUCUCUGAUAAGAAAUGGAGAAAAACUACAAGCUCAGGAUCACUUGAUUGUUCAGGAAUACCUUGACAAACCAUUUCUUAUGGAAGGUUACAAGUUUGAUUUACGAGUGUAUAUUCUGGUAACAUCCUGUGAUCCAUUAAAAAUAUUUUUAUAUCAUGAUGGACUUGUGAGAAUGGGCACAGAGAAGUACCAUCCUCCCAGUGACUCUAAUUUGAGCCAGUUGUAUAUGCAUCUAACCAACUACUCUGUGAAUAAACAUAAUGAGCAUUUUGAACGGGAUGAAACAGAAGAUAAAGGCAGUAAACGAUCCAUAAAAUGGUUUACUGAGUUUCUACAAACAAAUCACCUUGAUGUUUCCAAAUUCUGGAGUGAUAUUUCAGAACUAGUGGUGAAGACUCUCAUAGUAGCAGAGCCACAUGUCCUUCAUGCUUAUCGUAUGUGCAGACCAGGCCAAGCUCCCGGAAGUGACAGUGUCUGCUUUGAAGUACUGGGAUUUGAUAUCCUGCUGGACAGAAAACUAAAACCCUGGCUCCUGGAGAUUAAUCGAGCACCAAGCUUUGGAACUGACCAAAAAAUAGACUAUGAUGUAAAAAAAGGUGUUCUACUAAAUGCACUAAAGCUUCUCAAUAUAAGGACAAGUGAUAAAAGGAGAAACUUAGCCCAACAAAAAGCUGAGGCUCAAAAGAGACUUUAUGGUCAAGGCUCAAUGAAAAGACUGUCACCAGGAUCCUCUGACUGGGAAAAACAGCGCCACACGCUAGAGAGGAGAAGAGAAGAACUGAAAGAAAGACUUGUGCAAGUUCGUAAACAGAUUUCCAAAGAAGAGCAUGAAAACAGACACAUGGGGAACUACAGGCGAAUUUACCCUCCUGAUGAUAAGCUGUUACUUGAAAAAUAUGAGAGUUUGUUAGCCAUUGCUUUCCAGACGUUCCUUGCUGGGAGAGCAGCUUCACUUCAGCGGGAGCGGAAUAACCCUUUGAAAAGAAUGAAGGAGGAAGACAUUUUGGAUCUUCUGGAGCAAUGUGAACUAGAUGAUGAAAAACUGAUGGGAAAAUCCGCCAGGCAACGAGGACCCAAGCCCCUGUCUUCUAUGCCAGAAAGUUCACAGACCUUAAAAAAACAGAGGAACUACAGUAGUGAGAGUAGCUGUGACAGCAGCAGCAACACAUCAGAAUGGGAGGAGGAAACUGAAAAGGAAGAUCACAAUGAGAAAAAAGAGAUGAAAGUGUCAUAUGAGCUUGAAGAAAACAAGUAUAAAUUAUUAGAGCGAUCCAGUCCUAUAAGGCGUUCUGUAAGCUGUCCCCGUUCAAUAUCAAUCUUCGCUAUGCAGUCACAAGCCGCUGAGCAACGUCCCUUUUCAGCCAAACCUGCAGUGCAAAUGCCACGUCCAUCGUCAAUGAAUAGGUCCCAUUCUUUAAAUCGUAAUUCAUCUUCAGUCAGAAUGUGUAAUACUGCUAGUCUGGGCACAGUACACUCUUCAGGGUGUAGUAACAGCCUUACAGUCCUAGAGUUGGAUUUCUCCCCUCUCUGUCCAGCCUAUCUGAGAUCAUCCUCUUUGGUUUCUCCUUUCACAGUUCCGUUAUUCCUUACAGGUUUCUGUGAUGUGCUUCCAUAUCAAUUUUUGAAUGAGUCUUUGCUUCAACAGAGAACAAAAGAGCAAGAGGAGGCAUUGACAAGAGAGACACUGGUCAUUUUCAAUGAUAUGAGGAUCAAGUUCCCAGGAAAAACAGAUGAAGAGGCAGAAUUAAUUAUAGAAAAUAUUAUGGAUAAUUGGAAAUACCAUAAAACAAAUGUGGCUUCAUAUUGGCUGAUAAAACUGGACUCUGUUAAUCAACGAAAGGUUUUGGACAUAGUGAGGACAAGUGUUCGUGCUGUUCUGCAACGUGUCUGGAGGGUUUCUGACGUUGAAUGUUUACAUUUAUACCGUAUUUUUAACCGUGUGUUUAAUCGCUUACUCUGGAGCCGUGGCCAAGGCUUGUGGAACUGUUUCUGUAAUUCAGGAAGUUCUUGGGAGACCAUAUUCAGUAAAAGGACAGAGGUGGUGACUCCUGAACAACUCCAGUGUUGUCAACGAAUAGUACAGCUUUGUAAACACUGCCUGCUGGUGGCUUACAAAUAUUCAGCAGAUUCAAGAGGAUCUCUUACUGGAAUUAGCCCUGACUGGGAUGAUACAAGGUAUUUACUGCCAGGACCUUCACAGUUCAUCAUGAAAACAUCCUCCAACUUUAUCUGCACUUCAUCCGGAAUGCCUCGCUCUAACAUUUUGUUUACACCCAGGUAUAGCCACUUGUGAAACAAAGAGAAGGGUGCCAUGCUUGAUAAAUAAUGGCAUUCCAUUUUUCCAGUUUAAAUUUGUGAGGGAGCUGAAUAUAAGCACUGUUAUAUAUUUGCCACAGUACAUAAAAUAAAAUUUAGCUGAAAUCCUACUGUAAAAGCAGAGACUUUCUGGAAAUGUAAUAAACCUUGUUAAGUUGUUUACACAAAUAUGUGAAUGUCUAGAUCUUGCUAGGUUUAUAAGUAAUUCCUUCCUACUAGAAAUGUUAUUUUUGCUGCAAUAUAUAAAAUGGAAUUAAUCUUGGAGAUCCUAUUACAGUGUUA